AUGGGCAACGAGAAGAAGAAUACAAGUAAAGCAGCUGCGAAGGCGGCGAAAAAGCAGAAAGCAGAAGCCAAGACUUCUAAGAAAGAAAAGAAGAAGAGCAAAAAGACGACCGAUGCACCUCCAGAGGAUGAAGAUCUGGAGGCCAUCCUCGACAAGAUGAACCGCGAAUGGGAAGAUGCGCAUAAGGUCACAGAGGAACUAGUCGAGGGCCCACCUUCCCGGCGCGCGAACGCGACUCUGACACCGUGCCCAAGCGGAAACCACUUGUGGUGCAUCGGAGGUGAAUUCUUUAGCGAUGACGGCAAGGCCUACUUUUACAACGACAUCUACCGCUACAACCCUGACAAGGAUGAGUGGCGCAAGUUCGUGAGCCCUACGUGCCCUGGGCCUCGCAGCGCACAUGCCGUGGUCGCUUCGGCAGCUGGAGGAGGAAAGCUCUUCUUGUUCGGUGGCGAGUUUAGUUCAUUGCAUCAGAACACGUUCCACCACUACAGGGAUUUUUGGUGCUUUGAUAUCAGCACUCAUUCAUGGGAUCGCUUGGACACUAAGAUCAGACCCAGCGCGAGGUCAGGACAUCGGAUGGCGAUGUGGAAGCACUACAUAGUUCUCUUUGGCGGUUUUUAUGACCCAGGGUAUCGCACCCAAUAUCUAAACGAUACCUGGGUAUUUGAUACUCAAGAGUAUAAAUGGCGACAAAUCGAAUUCAAGGAUAUUGAUCGGAAACCGUCCGCAAGAAGCGGGUUCUCUUUUCUCUCUACACCAGAAGGUAUUGUUUUACAUGGAGGUUAUUGUAAAGAAUACAGCAAGGGUAAACGUCCUAUUGGCGUAAUGCUCGACGAUACCUGGUUUCUCCGCAUGUCCCUCGAUACGUCCCAACCUCCAUCAUCCUCCACAGUCUCCUCGGAUUCGCUGUGUUUAAAAUGGGAAAGGCGGAAGAAACCAUCCUUCGCGCCGCAUAUCCGGAGCGGCUGCACAAUGGCGCUGUGGUCAGCCAAGAGUAUGGGCAUCAUGUUUGGCGGCGUGACAGAUGAUGACAAGGAUGAAGAGAGCCUCGAGAGCGUAUUUUGGAAUGAUCUCUACGGAUACCAACUCGUUGGCAAUGGACGUUGGCAAUCAAUGAUACUCAAGAAGCCGAAAAAAGCCGGGAGAGGCGGAAAGCGAAAGGUUACAGCUGUUCAGCAGGGAGAGCAUGAAGUUUCGGACGAAGAUGAAAAUGCAGUCAAGACUCAAGAGAAUACACUGUACAUCUAUGGCGGCAUCUUCGAGCGUGGGUCAAGGGAAUACACACUCGACGAUUUCUAUUCGAUCCAGCUCGACAAGCUCGAACGGUACACGUGCCUCAAGCACAGCGGCAUCGUUAUCCCAGCAGAGGGCGACGAGAGCAGCAGCGACGAGGAUGACGAAGGUGUAGAGAGCGACGAAGAUGAUGAUAGUGAUAACGAGACGCAGGUAGGGGAAGCUGAUGCGGGGCUCGACCUUAAAAAGCUUGAUGAUAGUCACGAUGACGAAGAAGCUGAUGAGCCCGUAGAUGUGCGACACGACGAGGUACGUGCGCAAGCGACGGCGUUCAUGGGUGUAUCCAAAGACACGGUGCGCUCUGCGGAGGAUGUGAUUAGCACACCAGAACCGGGAGAAACACUAGCCCUGUUUUAUGCUCGAAGUCGCGAAUAUUGGACCCAAAAAGCCCACGGCGUAAGCGAUAAUCGGGGCAAACAACUUAGGAGGGAUGGCUUUAGCUUUGCAGAAGAGCGAUAUGCGGAGUACAAACCUAUCCUCGAAGAAGUAGAAAGGAUCCUAGCCGAGGCCGGCCUCGAUGACGACGAGAUGAGAGCAGGUGCUGCUCAGACUGGUGGAGGUGGAGGUGUUGUGUCAAGUCGGAACCGUCGGUGA